AGCGGAGCACGGAGCUGGCACGGCCCGGCGGGCCCUGGGAGCCUGGGGGAGGGCAGCGCGAUCCUGCGGGGGCCCCAGCGGUUCCUAGGCGCCCCAGGACGCCUUGCCGAGCCUCCUGAUCCAUAGCACUGAGCGCAGCUCAGUAGGGACCCCAGGUUCCCCUCCCUGCCCCACGGGCGGACCCCAGCCUUCUCUGCAGCACCGUCCUCCGAAUGGUAGGGCCCCCCCCCGCCCCGUUCCUGCUUCCCUGGACCCUAGCUGUGCUCUGUGGAUCUGCUGUGAGCCUCUCCUGCGCACCCUGGUUCUUCCCCUUCUGCACCCCAGAGGCCCAAGUCCUUCAUCCUCAAACUUUGAGCCCAAGGGAACCCAGGUGGCGUCUCUCAGACACACGGGAGACCUCAGCCCUGGUCCUGGCAGGCGCCUCAGGGGACCUGGCUCCCCUCUGGGGGUCUUGCGGGUACCCAGGGGCGCCUUCCAGCUCUGCGGCUUCCCAGCCUGGGAAUCUAGUUUGGUCCCUUCCGGGCCCAAGGUGACCGACACUUCCCCACCCGAAGGAGUUCAGACCUCGUCUUUGGUAACCCAGUGCCCGAGCUGCCCGUCCCCUCAGGGCCCUGCCCCCCGGGCCCCGCUCCUGGAGCCCGAGCCCCACUGGCUGGGCUGACGAUGAUGUGGUCCAACUUCUUCAUGCAAGAGGAGGACCGGCGGCGGGCGGCCCGGGGCCGGAGGCACGCGCAGGGCCAGCUAAAGAGAGGCCUGACGCCCGAGCAGGAAGCCAAGACCAAGCUGGCGCUGCUGCUGGCCGCUGUGGGCGCCACGCUGUCUGUGCUGUCGGUGGGCACCGAGUUCUGGGUGGAGCUCAACACCUACAAGGCCAACGGCAGCGCCGUCUGCGAGGCUGCCCACCUGGGGCUGUGGAAGGUGUGCACCAAGCGGCUGUGGCAGGCGGACGUGCCUGUGGACAGGGACACCUGUGGCCCCGCCGAGCUGCCUGGAGAAGCCAACUGCACCUACUUUAAAUUCUUCACCACCGGGGAGAACGCGCGCAUCUUCCAGAGAACCACAAGGAAAGAGGUGAACCUAGCAGCUGCAGUGAUAGCAGUGCUGGGCCUUGUGGUCAUGGCCUUGGGCUGCCUCUGUAUCAUCAUGGUGCUCAGUAAAGGUGCAGAGUUCCUGCUCCGAGUGGGAGCUGUCUGCUUUGGCCUCUCAGGCCUGCUGCUCCUGGUGAGCGUGGAAGUAUUCCGGCAUUCCGUGUGGGCCCUGCUCCGGGACCGGGACGCGGACCUCCCCGAGCCCCGCCUGGGCCUGCGCCUGGCCUUCGAGUUCUCCUGGUCCCUGGGCUGUGGCGUGGCUGCCGGCCUCAUCCUGCUGCUGGGGGGCGGCUGCUUCCUGCUGCUCAGCCUGCCGGCCCGGCCCUGGGGCUCCCUCUGCCCCAAGCGGGCCCACACGGCGGCCUAGGGCCACAGGGCCAGGUGUCCUAGGGGCGCGCACCCUCUCCUGGGGAAAGAGCUCUCUGACGGGCCCCAGACCUCCUCUGCCCCUUCCUCUGCCCGUACAGUACAUCCUCUUCUCGUGGCUGAAUCUGGGUUGCUUGGGGAGCUUUCUCCCCGAGCACUCCCUGGGCAGCUGGCAGGGGUCUGAGGGAGACUGGGGUGCGGGUGGGGGUCUCGGAGGGAGCUGGGGGCCUUUAUGGUCCGGAUCUGGACUGAUUUGCUGGAGGGGAGACUCGGGCUGUCUGCAGCUCAGGGCUGAGAAGUGCCGGGCGGACUGUGAUCUGAGUGGAUUAAAGGUUUGGAACCCGAGGCACCGAGGCCUGUGAUGUGGAGUCUGAUGCAGCCGUCUGCUGGCUGGGAAACCAGCGCAUGCGCACAGCCGUGGCUCACAGGCACGUGAGCACUUCCGGGACAGACCCUGUGUCCCCCUCGGCUCAUUGGCUCAGGCCUUUCCUCCAGGGACACAGCCGUCAUGCUGUCUACUGCUAAGUUGCUAAGCUGCCCAGGUUGCGCGCAAGCUUGGGAUCCUCCUGCCUCAGCCUCACAGAGUGCUGACUUACAGGGAUGCGCCACUGCAUCCGGCUUGAGAAUCUGUUCCCUUUGACCAACAACAUUUCUGUAUUUAAUCAGAAAGACGAUGACAGAUUCUCUGUGUCUACAGUAGGGCUACCUCCGUAUAAACCCAUUGUAGGCUGAAAAUAUACCAAGUUGGGAGUGCAUUUAACAUGGCUGACCUGGCAAACAUCACCAGCAUCGCAGCUGAGAGAUGCCACACGCUGUGGAGUACCCAGCUAUCACCCUCACGCUCGGUGACCCACUUACUGUGUACAAUAAAUGACCAUAUU